UGCCCACGAGAGCACUUGGCUGCUUAAGCUGGCACUGAACACUCAUGCAACUGAUUUCAUAAAUGCAAACCUAUUGUCAGCAGGUUCACUUGUUUGUUAGAAAGCAUUUUCAGGUCUGUAGCCAAGAGAGAGGCCAAUGCUGACACAACCACCACUGAGAUGUUGCUGCAGGUGGGGGCAGAGGGAGCGGUGUGAUUGCCGGGGAUCUCGGGGCGGCUCUCUCUCCAGCUCUCAGCUCCCGCUCCGGCGCCGCUGUUGCUAAAGACUUUUGUAACUCUCGACUCACGUACGAUUUCGAUGGAAAAUGAAGUGUCUCUAUGUCAGAGAGCCCUGCUGAUUGAUAAUGGACUAUGGAGUAUCCAUGCUAAGCUGCUGCUGCACACAUCCAAGGUUGCACGUCUUGAACAAAUCCCCGAUGGUGACAAUGAGACAAUGAUUCCUGUACUGUCCUCAAAAAAAGCAAGUGAAUUGCCAGUUGAUGAAGUUGCAAGCAUUCUGCAAGCUAAUCUUCAGAAUGGCUUGAAAAACUGUGAAGUGUGUCACAGACGGGCAUUCCAUGGAUGGAAUGAAUUUGAUAUUAGUGAAGAUGAACCUCUCUGGAAAAAAUAUAUUUCCCAGUUUAAAAAUCCCCUUAUUAUGCUUCUCCUGGCAUCUGCCGUCAUCAGUGUUUUAAUGCAUCAGUUUGAUGAUGCUGUCAGUAUCACUGUGGCGAUACUGAUUGUUGUUACAGUUGCCUUUGUUCAGGAGUACCGAUCAGAAAAAUCUCUUGAAGAGCUUAGUAAACUUGUGCCUCCAGAAUGCCAUUGUGUGCGAGAAGGUAGAGUGGAACACACGCUUGCGAGAGACUUAGUCCCAGGUGAUACAGUCUGCCUGUCUGUUGGAGACAGAGUCCCGGCUGAUCUGCGUUUAUUUGAGGCUGUGGACCUUUCUAUCGAUGAAUCCAGCCUCACAGGUGAGACGGCUCCCUGUGCUAAAUCUACAGCUCCUCAGCCAGCAGCUACCAAUGGAGACCUCACUUCAAGGAGCAACAUUGCUUUCAUGGGAACCUUGGUCAGAUGUGGAAAAGCAAAGGGCAUUGUUAUUGGAACAGGAGAAAACUCUGAAUUCGGGGAGGUUUUCAAAAUGAUGCAAGCAGAAGAGGCUCCAAAGACACCGUUGCAGAAGAGCAUGGAUCUCUUAGGAAAACAGCUUUCUUUGUAUUCCUUUGGUAUAAUAGGAGUUAUUAUGCUGGUUGGCUGGUUGCAAGGAAAACAUAUCCUUGAUAUGUUCACAAUUGGCGUGAGUUUGGCUGUAGCUGCAAUUCCUGAAGGACUCCCAAUUGUAGUAACAGUGACACUGGCCCUUGGUGUGAUGAGAAUGGUGAAGAAACGGGCUAUUGUAAAGAAACUGCCUAUUGUUGAAACUUUAGGAUGUUGCAAUGUAAUUUGUUCGGAUAAAACUGGGACUCUGACAAAGAAUGAGAUGACGGUUACUCACAUUUUUACAUCAGAUGGGCAGCAUGCUGAGGUUACCGGGGUAGGUUAUAACAGGUUUGGAGAUGUGAUGCUUGAUGGUGAAGUUAUUCAUGGUUAUAACAACCCAUCUGUUAGCAAAAUUGUUGAGGCUGGCUGUGUCUGCAAUGAUGCUCUGAUAAGAAACAACACCUUAAUGGGGAAGCCAACUGAAGGGGCUUUAAUUGCACUUGCAAUGAAGAUGGGUUUAGACGGGCUCCAGGAGGACUAUAUAAGGAAGGCUGAAUAUCCCUUCAGCUCAGAGCAGAAAUGGAUGGCAGUUAAAUGUGUUCACAGAACACAGCAGGACAAACCAGAGGUUUGCUUCAUGAAAGGUGCUUACGAACAAGUCAUUAGGUAUUGUACAUCAUAUAACUGUAAGGGGCAGACCCUUCCUCUUGUUCAGCAACAGAGAGAGCAGUACCAGCAAGAGAAGACAUCUAUGGGCUCUGCAGGACUUAGGGUUCUGGCUCUAGCUUCUGGUCCUGAGUUAGGGCAGAUGACCUUUCUGGGACUUGUGGGAAUAAUUGAUCCUCCACGAACUGGUGUAAAAGAAGCUGUUACUACACUUAUUAUGUCGGGAGUUGCAAUAAAAAUGAUUACUGGAGAUUCACAGGAGACUGCAGUUGCCAUUGCUAGUCGACUAGGAUUGUAUUCUAAAAAUUCACAGGCAAUCUCUGGAGAAGAAAUAGAUGAUCUGGAUAUCCAGCAGCUUUCUCAAAUAACACCCAAGGUUGCAGUAUUUUACAGAGCCAGUCCCCGACAUAAAUUAAAAAUUAUAAAGUCCCUGCAAAAUAAUGGUGCAGUAGUAGCUAUGACAGGAGAUGGAGUGAACGAUGCUGUUGCUCUGAAGGCUGCAGAUAUUGGUGUAGCAAUGGGACAAACUGGAACAGAUGUUUGCAAAGAGGCAGCAGACAUGAUCCUCGUGGAUGACGAUUUUCAGACAAUAAUGUCUGCCAUUGAAGAGGGUAAAGGAAUUUAUAAUAACAUAAAAAAUUUUGUUAGAUUUCAACUGAGCACGAGUAUAGCAGCAUUGACUUUAAUCUCACUGGCUACAUUAAUGAACUUUCCUAAUCCUCUCAAUGCCAUGCAGAUCUUAUGGAUCAAUAUUAUUAUGGAUGGGCCUCCAGCUCAAAGCCUUGGGGUGGAGCCUGUGGAUAAAGAUGUUAUUCAGAAGCCUCCAAGAAAUGUGAAGGAUAGCAUUCUGACCAAAAACUUGAUUGUUAAAAUACUGGUGUCAUCAGUAAUUAUUGUGUGUGGAACACUGUUCGUCUUCUGGAGAGAGUUAAGAGACAAUGUAAUAACACCUCGAGAUACAACCAUGACCUUCACCUGUUUUGUAUUUUUUGAUAUGUUCAAUGCUUUGAGUUCUAGAUCUCAGACAAAAUCUGUGUUUGAGAUUGGACUUUGCAGUAACAAAAUGUUUUGCUAUGCUGUCCUUGGAUCUAUAAUGGGGCAGUUAUUGGUCAUUUACUUUCCUCCACUUCAGAAAGUUUUCCAAACAGAGAGCCUGAGUGUCUUGGAUUUACUGUUUCUUCUGGGACUCACUUCCUCUGUGUGCAUAGUGACUGAGAUCAUAAAGAAGUUUGAGAGAAGCAAGGAAAAGAUCCAGAAACAUGGAAGUUCUUCUUCGUCAACUUCGUCUUUUCUUGAUGUAUGAUGCAUAUUGCAUUCUUUUGUUUGCAAACUUAGGGAUUGCUGUCUGAAGAUGUAGGAGAAAGCAAAACAAUAUUUGGAGGAUUAAGAAGUCCUGAGGGCUUUUGACAAGUCCUUUGUUUUACUGACUAAUGAUGAACAUUGGUGUUUCAAGACUGUUUAGAAUUUAACUUCCAGCUGUGGGAGUAACAAUUGAAAUUAUGCAACUUUGGUAACAUUUUUCCUCAAACCAAUUUACUUUUGAGAUUGAAUGGGAUUUUGUGUGUGGGGGGGGUUAAUUUAAAGAAAGAUCUAAGCCCAAGUCCCAUUUUCUGCACUUAGAGGUAUAAUUGUAUAAAAUUCUUCUCUUAGAUAUAAAUAUUUUAGUUUGUUUUUAUUUAAAACAUUGUACUAUUUUACUUUUAUGGUGGUGGGACUUUGCUACUAAUACAAGGAUUAAAAAAAUAUUUCAGAGGCAUUCCACUGGGUUUAGUCUGUCACAAGAGUGCCAUAUUCUAGCUACUGUAUUUAUUUACUUUAUCCUGCAAUGUGUAAGCGGCUCAAGUACCUUGUGCUACAGUUUUUUUUUUUGUAUCUGGAGGUUAUUUCUUUUUGCACAGGAUGUGACCGCUGUCGGAUCACUGUUUGUUCUUUUCUUUUUCUGUGAUUGAAAAGCCUA